AGCGCUUCUCUUCUUCUACCCCGCCCUGGGGCUCUGCAAGUCGAUCGAUCCAUCGUAGCAGCCCCCCUCGAGGUGCUUGUUGAUCCCCUCCCCUCCCCUGCCCCCUGCCUCCUGCCUCCUGCGCGCGCUCUCUCUCGCUCGCUCGAGCUCAUCGGGGCAGAUCCUCGCUCGAUCGAUCGCUCGCUCGCUCGCUCGGGCUUUGGAUUGGUGCUCGAUCGCUCGACAGGAAAAUGGCUUCGGCGGUGUCGACGACAGUGGCGGCGGCCACGGCUUUCGGGGGACUGGCGACCUCGAGCCCAGCAGCUGCAGGAGCCGGAAGAAAUUUGAGGACGACGAGCGUGUCCUUCAGGGCACGAUCCGUCGGGCACGCCUUCGGAUUGAAGGCCGCGAAGAGCCGCCUGACGUGCUCCACCGCGUACACCAUCACUCUGAAGACUCCGUCGGGCGAGAAGGUUUUCGAGUGCGAGGAGGACACGUACAUCUUGGACGCCGCGGAAUCUGCCGGAGCCGAGUUGCCCUACUCUUGCCGUGCCGGGGCUUGCUGCUCUUGCGCCGGUAAAGUCCUCUCGGGUGAAGUCGACCAAAGCGAUGGAUCUUUUCUCGACGACGAGCAGAUUGCCAAGGGAUACCUGCUGACAUGCAUUUCUUACCCAAAGUCCGAUUGUGUCAUCGAAACCCACCAGGAAGAGCACGUGGUAUGAGCACUGACACAGAGACUGUCAGAGAGAGAGAGAGAGAGAGAGAGAGAGAGAGAGAGAGGGGGCUUAGGACGAGGACAGCGUUAGGACGUCCUUCCUUCCAUGAGCCUCGAUUGUCAACUCGAUCGGCCGACUUUUGCACGAGCGAAAUCUCCGAAUCAGCUGGAAGCUUUGGCUGUGCGAUGGAUGGAUGGAUGGCGAGGUCGAUGUGGAAUGUGGUGGUGGUGGUCGAAGGAAUCCGAGCCACGGUCAAAGCGUUCGAGCUGAGUCUUGCGGCUCAUAUUUUGUCGGCGAUUCAACGUGACGAGGGGCUUUCGUAUAUGCAAGUAGUUUACGUUUUGUUGUUUUAUUCUUUCGAAGAUUAUUGUCGUGUCUAGACAGCCCUUCCAGUUGCCAUUAAUUGGGUCUAUGUCACCAUCGUUCGUACGGGAAACUCCUCUACCGUCUUAAGGGGUUGAGUAUUUCAGGAUCUCCGCAAUUUUCAGAUGUCCUUGUACAAAGAGAAUCACUGAUCAGUCGAAUAAUAAUUAUACUCAUUCAGAAAUAAAAUUCAGAGAGACUUUUUCCUUUCCUCUGUU